UGGUCUUAAUGAUGGACAGUAGGCCAAUAGUGAACCGUGACAUCAUCAAAUCUGCAGCCAGGCCUUUACAGACGUCAAAUAUCCAGAUUAUUGGUGUUGCCAUUGACAACGCAGCGAUUACAACAGACCUUCAAAAUGCCAUGGUUACCACACCAAAUAAUCUAAUAACAGUGGAGAAGACAGCAAAACCUGGCAAAGUUGGUGAUAAGAUUAUGCAUGGAGUGUUUCCAGGUCUAGCCUAUGAUAUAGACGUGGUAUUUGCCAUCAGUUCGUCUUCACGUGAUGCCGAUACCAUUUACCCGCUGAUGAAGGACACAAUCCAUUCCAUCAUUGACACGUGUGGCGCAAGCAGAAUUCGAAUGAGUGUCAUCAUCUUUGGCUCCCAGGCCUCAACACGACUAAGAUUUGCCGAUAAAAUGCCUGGACCUGAAGAUCUUAAAAGGUUUAUUGGAAAUCUCCCCAGAAGGUCAGGUGCACCAGCCAUUGAUAAGGCCAUGGAGGAAGCCAGGAAACUUUUCAGUGAAUCAGGUAGUAAUAAGAACUCCCGCAAGGCUGUUGUGAUAUUUGUUGACAGAAAGUCAGAUUCAACRGACGCGGCCAUCAAAGCAGGAGCAAGGGCUCUAGAGAAAGAAGGUGUCAGGGUCGUUCCUGUGGGGUUUGGMCGAGAUGUCGAUGCAAGCCAGCUGUUGUUGACUACUCCAGAAAAAGAUAAUCUUUUACAGGUUACAAGGAAUGAUAAUCCAGAGGCUGUCGGAAAGAAAAUUGUGGUUAUUCUAUUAAAAGAACAAAUCAAAAUUCCGAAGAUCGAUUUAGCACUUGCUGUCACCGCUACAGCUACCAACGCCGACCAAACCUUCAAACUUACCAAAGACGCCAUCAAAUCGAUAAUUGAUCGCUAUGGAAUCGGAGCACUCCGAUAUAGCUUCAUAGUGUAUUCCGACGAAGCGUCGAUGAAGACAGAUUUUAAGGACAAUUACACUGAACAACUAUUGAAGAAGUUUAUUGACGCUGUACCACGUUUGCGCGGUGGAUCAUCAUUGGACAAAGCGAUGAAAGAAGGACGCAAGGUGCUGAGGGGGCCUGGGUCUCGUCCCGAUGCGCACAAGGUUUUGGUGAUCGUCACAGACAAGAGGUCGAAUGUCCCGGAUGUUGAUCUUCGUAACCAGGCCAGAUUUCUUGAACAUGAAGGUGUUGUCACRGUACCAGUGGGUAUCGGUAAAGAURUUGAUGUCGGUGAGUUGGGUAGCGUSACGAAAGACAAGGACAAUAUUCUUACGAUUGAUAAAAUUACUGAUCCAAGUGGUCUGGGCAGGAAGAUUGUUGAUAAGAUACUAGAAGCUUUAAACAGGGUUCCCAAGAUGGACCUUCUAUUUGCACUGAGUGCAUCAUCAGCAAAGUCAUCCCGCACCCUCCCCCUGAUGAAAAAAACUAUCAAUUACAUCAUAUCCACCUACGGUGUGGACUCUAUCCAUUAUGGAUUUAUCGUCUAUGGGUCAUUUGCUACCAUUCACCGAGAUUUUCAGGACAAAGUACUUGAUUCUGAGUCCCUAAUGAAAUUGGUCAGCGCACUUCCUAGUGAUAAUAGCGGGUCGUCAGUGAAUAACGCGUUGCUUAAAGCAAAACAAGUGUUUGAUGGAUCAGGUUCUCGUCCAGACGCUAAAAAAGUAYUGGUCGUGAUYACAGACAAGAGUUCUGGGCUAAGUGCAACUGACAUGAAAWCAGCAGCAAAACCUGUAGURUACAAAGGCGUCCAUAUCAUUCCYGUAGCCAUCGGUGACGAUGUUGAUCUCGCUACAUUUGGCGCUGUCUCCCCUCAGUAUAGGACCAUCACAGACAAAGACGAUGGRGAUCCUGUUAAACUUGGRAAAGAAAUCAUGAAAUUUGCCAUGAAAGAUGCMCCAAAAUUGCCCGAGAUGGAUGUCACGUUCGCUAUCUCCUCAACUGCAUCUCAGUCCGACGACACGUUUAGACGAAUGAAGGACGUARUCAAGUACAUAUACGAUGAAUAUGGCUUCACMAGAACAAGGUUCAGUAUUAUCGUGUUCGCAGACACAGCAAGAACGCUGCUGCGUUUUGAUGAGAAUGUACGAGUGUAUGAUAAGAAGAUGRUCGAGCUUAUAACUGGUUUGUCGCGAAGUCGAGGUGGGAGUAGCAUWAWUGCAGCACUCRGYGARGCAAACAGAGGAUUUGACAAAUCUGAUCGACCAGAUGCCAGAAAGGUUUUAGUCAUCAUCACUGACAAGGCAUCAGGACGCAGCUUAUCUGACAUCAAACGAGAUGCGRCGCCGUUACGUGACAAGAAAGUUCUUGUCAUCCCUGUGAGCGUGGGUGAAGAUGCAAGCACACCUGAACUAGAGCAGACAACGGACGAUAAAAGAAAUCUUAUUAAGAAGCCGAAUGACUUGGAUCCCCUUAAGACAGGGCAGGAAAUUAUCGAAAAGAUCGAGAAGGGGUUGAAACCAGAAACUCCUGAAAUCGAUCUGGUGUUUGCUGUCUCAGCCACAUCUAGCCUUGCUGACCAAACAUUUCGUCUCAUGAAGGAUACCAUCAAGACUAUAGUACAGACCUAUGGAACUGAGCGUAUACAAUACGGUCUGAUAGUGUAUGGUGCUGUUGCUACCACCAGGAUUUCAUUCGAUGCACAGUUGCCUCAAAGUCUUGCUGACAAAAUAAUGGAGAAGUCUUUAAAACCAUCUAUUCCUGAAAUUGACCUUGCAUUUGCGAUUACUGCUACUUCCGCUGAUGGCGCCGAAAUCUACAAACUCAUGAAAUCAACAAUCAAGUCAAUCAUCACCAAAUAUGGAAACGACAAGAUCCACUAUGGUGUUAUCCAUUACGGUGCAAUCGCGUCCACUAAAGUGAAAUUCAGUGAGAAAUUCCCUUCAGUUGGUAAUCUGAAGCGAUACAUUGAUGCUUUGCCUCGUUAUACUGGGGGUGUAUCGGUGGACAAGGCUUUGGCGAGGGCAGAUCUUUUGUUUAAAGACCCUGCUGUGAGGCCAAAGGCGAGAAAGGUUUUGGUAAUGAUGACGGAUAAUACUUCGGGAAAAACUCCUAAGGAAAUUCUUAUCGCUGCAAAGCCGCUUCACGAUGCAGGGGUCACUGUAAUUGCUGUAUCAUUCGGCAAUCGAGUAAAGAAACCAGAACUGGAGUCAAUGACUGGUGAUAAGGAUAAACUGUUACCAUCGAACAAGAACGAGAACCCUGACAAACUAGGGGACAGAAUCAUUGAGCAAAUCGUACAAGACGCCAAGAAGAUCCCUAAAAUCGAUCUCGCUUUUGCCAUCUCCGCGACGUCACGAGAUGCAUUGCGCAMCUACAAACUCAUGAAGGACGCCAUAAAACAGAUCGCAGACGAGUAUGGAACCAGCAAAAUACACUAUGGACUGGUUGUAUUCGGUGAUGUAGCAAGUACUCAAAUCAACUUCUUUGAUACGUUCCCAAACAGCGAGAAAUUCAAGGCGUUCCUGGACAGUAUACAGAGGAAUACUGGUCGAGCUGAUCUUGGUCAGGCCCUCUCUGCAGCCAGGAAAUUAUUCAACRACCCAGCGUCUCGYCCCGACGCAAAGAAAGUACUUGUCGUGAUUACCGACAGAUCUUCGGGUCUCGACGCGGUCACGAUCAAGACAUCGGCAAAGUCUYUAMAUCAAGACAAUGUACGAAUCAUUGCAUUUGCCGUCGGAGACGAUGGAAGCACGAAAGAACUCGAAAACCUGACGCCACACGUUGAUGAUGUCAAGAGGGUGCCUAGCAAYGAAGAUGCUAAGAAAUUUGGCAAAGACAUUAUGAAACUAGUGCUUACUGAUCGCUUGGAAGAGCUCGACCUUGCCUUCGCCAUCAGUUCGGUAGCAGCGAACGCGGACGAAACUUUCCGACGAAUGAAAGAAACCCUUCGUAUAAUAAUCGACCACUAUGGUACUGAGCGCGUCUUGUACAGUAUCACGGUAUUUGAUGAAGUAGCGAAAAGRAUUGUCCGGUUUAACGAUAAGUUUGCUACUAAUGCSUUAAAGAGUUAUAUUAACCUYAUAAGACGAAAGACUGGGACACCUGAUAUUGCCAAUGCGUUGAAAGAUGCUGAAAACAUGUUUAAAAAUGCUCCUGGUGCUCGUCCCAACGCAAAGAAAGUCUUGGUGGUUAUGGUGGAUAAGAGAUCGAGCAAUACUCCGUCAGUUAUCUCUUCUCGAUCCAAGCCACUGACGGAGGCAGGAAUCCGAGUCAUCCCUGUUGGUAUAGGCAACGCUGCUGACCGCCAAGAACUCAAGAUGGCCACCGACGACAACAACAAUGUGAUUACAGUUCCAAAUAAAGAGACUCCUAAAAGUCUCGCUGAUAAAAUUAUUGCAAGAAUUGAGGAGGAAAAAGUCAUCCCAGAAAUUGACCUCGCUUUUGCUAUGAGYUCAACAUCAGCUUCRUCGACACAAACUUACAAGCUGAUGAAAGAMAYGAUCAACACAAUCGUGAGCGAUUAUGGCAUCGAAAAGUUCCAUUAUAGYGUAAUCGUGUUCGGCGCCUCGCCCAAGACAUUCGUCCAAUUCAGCGAGAAGUUCCCUAAUGCUGAGAAUCUUAAAGGCUUUAUAAGUGCCCUCCCKAGGAGAGUCGGUGGUCCGUCGUUAGAUGAAGCUUUGAAGGAAGGUCGUAAAUUGUUUUUGAAUMCGUUUGUAMGAAGAAAUGCCAAGAAAGUUUUGGUCGUUAUUACUGAUAGAGCAUCUGGUUUAAGCAAAGACGUCCUAAUGGCAGCCAGUGAACCGUUGGACCAAAGAAAGAUCCGAGUGAUAUCCAUUGCAAUAGGAAAUGAGGCAAAUCCAAGUGAAUUUACAGACAUAACACCAAAUGAAGGCGAUGUUAUUGCUGUGCCAAAGACUGAAAAACCCUCUAGUCUGGCAGAUAAACUGAUUGAAAAGAUUCUGAAAGAUCCUCGCAGAAUCCCAGUCGUCGACCUUGCUUUUGCUAUCAGUGCAGCAUCCACCAACGCGGACGAAACUCUGAAGCAUAUGAAAAACGUCAUCACUAGUGUCGUCACAAGAUAUGGGACCAAUCGAAUUCACUAUGCAUUGAUGACGUAUGAAGAUGACGUAACUUUAAGGAUAUCGUUCAAAGAAAGAAUAAAAAAUCCAUCAUCUAUCUUGCCGUUCAUUAAUGUACUACCAAAGAGUUCUGGGCCGUCAUCGAUAGAAAAAGCCUUGACUGAAGGUAAAAAGCUUUUCGACAGUGAUGCAGUGCGUAGAGAUGCCAAGAAGGUCCUUGUGGUUAUCACUGACACAAAAUCAACGGGAAAUGCCUCUAGAGAGAACCUGGCUAAGCGACAGUUAGAGAAGAAUGAUGUAGUCUUGAUUAUGGUUGGCGUUGGUGGGGAAGUUGACCAUAAAGAUCUCAAUGACAAAGCCACUUCACCAGGACAUCAAAUGAAUACUACAGUUGAUGAAAACCCUGAUGAUACCGCUGAUAAACUCAUUGAUGUUAUUAACAAAGGUCCACUGGAGUUUACCGCCAUCGACAUAGGAUUUGCCAUUAGUGCAACUUCCAUUGAUGCAGCUACUGCAUUCAAGCUUAUGAAAAGCACCAUCAAAUCCAUUGCCAGUAAGUACUGGACAAAUAAUCUUAGAUAUGGUCUCAUCGUAUUUGGCUCACAACCUUACACUGUACUGGAGUUUGGCGAGGCGCUGCCGAGUCUUCAAAUCUUGAAGAUAAAGAUCGACGCCGUUGCACGACGAAGUGGUUCUCCCGACAUGAUAAAAACACUGAAAAGUGGGAUGGAGAUGUUCGAGAGAAGAGGCUCUCGUCCUUUUGCGAGGAAGUUCUUCGUAGUCCUCCUCGACAACCGUGCUAAUCAGAGGAUGGCAUUGAUGGGUCCAGCAGCGAAACCUUUCGAGAGCUCUGGUAUUCGUGUUAUUCCGAUCGCGGUGGGAUCGUAUGCAAAUCCAUUACAGUUGGAGAGUAUAACACCACUGAAGGAUAACGUAAUGGCAGUUCCAAAGACUGAGAAUCCAAUUAUACUUGGCGAGAAAAUUAUGAAUAAAGUCAAACAGAAUCUUAAAAUACCCAUAAUUCCCGAGGUGAACCUGGUGUUUGCAAUGUCUGCAGCGUCACCUGAUGCGGACAAAAACUUCGCCCAAAUGAAAGCCGUCAUGGAUUCAAUCAUUCGUACUUACACAAUGGAAUGGAUUCGCUAUGGUGUUAUAGUGUAUGGUUCCAGUGCCAAGGGACGGGUUGGUUUGACAGCGUUCUUCCCAACUGAUAAAGUCUUAAGGAACCUGAUCAAGGGGCUGAGUAAACGAUCUGGCGAGCCAGCGAUCGAUAAGGCACUAAAAGAGGCAAAAUCAACAUUCGAUGCAUCAAAUCGGCCUAAAGCUCGCAACGUACUAGUACUAUUCAUCGACAAGAAGUCCAGUAACUCUCCUGGAGAAAUUAUCCGAGCAGCUAGGCCUUUGGAAGAAGACAGGAUCAAGGUUAUUCCUGUUGCUAUUGGUGACGAGGUGGAUAUGGGCGAACUUGAUCAUGUGACUCCUGAAAAUGAUAACGCAAUGAGAGGAAGCAACGAGGAAGACCCAGUGCAGUUUGGAAAUAGACUUAUGCACAAGGUUUUCCAGAAGUUUCAUCAUGUCCCGGAAGUCGACCUUGCUUUUGCAAUUCAAGCAUCAACCGCAGACUCGAGAGAAACAUUCUCCAAGAUGAAAGACACCAUUAAAACAAUCAUUGAUCGUUAUGGGACUAAGAAGAUCCAGUAUGCAGUCAUUGUGUAUGCAGAUACAGCAACAACAAAGCUGAAUUUCGGAGAACGCGAGCGUCUUCCUAGUGAUGAUUCGCUAAAGCGAUUGAUUGAUAGUUUGCCAAGGAAUACUGGCGAACCUGCAUUGGAUAAGGCUUUAGAAGAAGGGAAGAAACUCUUUGAAAGUCCCGCCGCUCGAUCUCAAGCUCUUAAGGUUCUUGUCGUGAUGCAUAACAAACAGUCCGCUAGUGAUCUYAAUGACGUCAAAGAUAAGUCACGUGACCUUGAAGACGACGGUAUCGAGGUGAUUCCGGUGUGGACUGGUGAUCAGCCUGAUUCAAUAGAAACUGACGUUAUGACGCCKCACAUUGAUAACAUUGUYAAAACCAAAAAACCUAUCGACCCAGGUACACUUGCCGAAGAAAUCAUCAAAAGAGCAUUUAAAGUUCGUCCAAAGAUACCUCGAGUUGACAUGGCCUUUGCAAUCAGCGCUGCCUCAGCAAACGCCGUCGAGACGUUCCAAUUCAUGAAGGACGUGAUUAAAUACAUCAUAGACAAGUACGGAACGAACAGGAUCCACUACGCRUUGAUCAUAUACGGCAAUGAACAGUCCGUGAAGAUAUCGUUCAGCGAUAAAAUAACCGAUCCUAAACAGCUUAAAAGACGUCUGCAGUUCUUACCAAGGUUUGCCUCUGGUUCGGACAUCGAGAAAGCCAUUAAAGAGAUGAAAAGGUUGUUUAAGAGUGAYGGCGUGCGCCCAGAUGCACGUAAGGUAGCGGUGAUUAUGACCGACGUACCGACGACAGGUGAUAAGGAUAGCGCGAAGYUUGCAGCAGGCGAUUUGCGGAAGAGUGAUAUCGAGGUUAUCACUAUCGCCAUCGGAACCGAKGCUGAUACAAAAGAACUCGUGGAUAUUACCCCCCAAAGAGAUAACGCACUUAAUACAACAACAAAGGGCAAACCAUCUGAUGUUGCCGAAGAGAUCGUAAAACGUCUGAAAAAAGAUACUUUGGAAACUGUUGCGAUCGAUCUGGGCUUUGCCAUCAGUGCCACAUCCAUCGAAGCGUCUGCAAUUUUUAAGUUGAUACAAGACACACUGAAAACCAUCGUCAGAACCCUUGACACUGACAAUAUCCAUUAUAGCAUCAUAGUAUUUGGUAGAACACCUUCUCUUGUCACUGGUUUUAGUGAUGAGUUCCCUGACAAAGAGACACUUAUUAGCAAAAUCACACAGCUGAAACGUCGACAAGGCGUAGCUGACCUUAACGCCGCAAUGGAUCUAGCUAAGAGGUCUUUCAAAGGCUCAGGAUCACGUGAUAAGGCCAGGAAGAUCCUUGUUGUGAUAGUCGAUAAUAGAUCUGGUAACAAGAGACAGGAAAUCAGGAGUACAGCCCGRGAGCUAGAAGAGGAGAUGAUUCGGGUAAUUCCAGUGGCUGUAGGGCCUUAUGCCGAUCCCUUUGAGCUUGUAGAGACWUCRCCUUUGAAAGAAACUCUAAUMAAAGUGCCAUCAUCAGAACGUCCAAAGCCUCUUGCUAAGAAGAUUCUGGAUAAGAUAAGAGAGAAUGUGAACUAUGKCGAUGUCCCAGAAGCUGAUCUGGUCUUCGCCAUUAGUGCUGCCUCUACCAACUCUGAGAGAAACUUCAUUAAGAUGCAAAAUAUUAUUAAGGCAAUGGUGGAUAAGUACUCCAUGGGAAAGAUUAGAUACUCCGUGGUGUCGUAUGGUUCUACAGCAAUAGAAAGACUAGCAUUUAGAGAUCAAUUUGUUAGUGAUGAAGAUCUAAAAACCUUUGUGGACGCUAUUCCUAGAGUAAGAGGAAGCCCGAGUCUUAAAGCCACUCUUGAAGCUGGGAGAAAGAUAUUUGAAGAUGAYGAUAAAAGACCAAAUGCAAAKAAGAUUCUCGUCAUCAUAUCCGAUAAAAGUUCCAUUAGCACACCCCAAGAAAUAGAGUCUGCUGCCAACCCWCUUGAAAMCUCCAAGAUCAGGGUUGUUGGUGUUGCAUUAGGUAAUGAAGGUAACAGCAAAGAACUUGAAAACACAACACCAGAAAAAGGCAACGUUUUAACAGCAAGUGKAGACGAGAGCCCAAAGAAAAUCAUGGAAAAUAUUGCAAGAAUUGCAUUUAAAAAAACACCGAUUGUACCUAAAAUUGAUCUUGGGUUUGCCUUCACUGCUGCUUCAACCAACGCAAAUGARACCUUCUCACUCAUGAAAAACACAAUGAAGUACAUAGUAGACACCCAUGGCCAGAAACGACUUCAUUUCGCUUUUAUUGUCUUCGGGGAUUCACCGACAACGCAACUCAGCUUUGGUAAAGAUGUCCCCACAGAUGACGAAAUAAUUCAAACAAUUAAACGUAUUCGGAGAAGUACUGGAACUCCAGAUUUCGUCAAAGGAUUAGAAGAAGCAAAGAAUGCUUUCUUAAAAUCAGGUGCCCGACCCGAUGCAGAUAAAGUUUUGGUGCUGAUGGUAGAUCGAAAGUCGGUGAACUCACCGAGUGAACUGCAGACUAAAGCAAAGGAGCUUCAAGGAAGAGAUAUUAAGGUCAUACCUGUGCUGGUAGGGAAUGAGGUCGAUCCUGGUGAGGGAACAACGCUAACACCAGAUAAAGGAGGUGUCAUAAAGACGAGAAAAAAUGAAGAACCGGAAAAUAUUGGCAAACAAAUCAUCCAAGUUGCAGUCAAAGGUCCACAAAAGAUUUCCAAGCUAGACAUUAUAUUCGCUGUAAGUGCAGACGUCACAUCACUUGAUGACACCUACGGAUUCAUGAAACGCAUUCUCAAAGGCAUUGUUACUAAAUAUGGUACGGAAAGCAUUCGUUAUGGACUCUUAGUUUAUGCCGAAAAGCCAUUAGUUCAAUUUGGGUUUGACGCUGACCAGAGUGAUCCUGAUAUUAUAAAACGUAUAAUCGAUGGUAUGGCUCCACCAAUGUCACGAGAAUCCAACUUGGAAAAGGCCCUGAAGGAAGCUGACAAGAUGUUUAGAAGUCGUUUUGUUCGGGAAGAUUCCACCAAAGCGCUUGUGAUUCUCACAGAUAGAAACUCGRACAGUGAGGAAUCUGCUACUCGUAAGGCUGUGUCAGCUCUACACGACAAGGCUAUCCAAAUUGCUGUUGUUGCACUAGGACCACUUGUUGACGGUCCUGGAAUCAUAAAGAUCAUCAAGCCAGGAAAUGUUAUCAAUGCUACGACAAAAGAAAAYCCCACUGAUGUUGGGGAAAAGAUUAUCAAAACGGUUGGAAAAGAUCCUCUUAAACAUCUCACCAUAGACCUUGGAUUUGUCAUAAGUGCGACCAGUGCAGACUCGGACAAGGCAUUCCAGUUAAUGAAAGACACUGUGAAGGAGAUUAUAGAUCGAUAUGGUAUUUCCAAUAUAAGGUACUCAGUSAUCGUGUAUGGUAAAACGCCAACAGUUGUCACCCACUUUAGAAACGUUCUUCCAAGCMMAGAGCUGCUKAAGAGGCGCAUCGAGGCAGCYMCAAGGGCCUCUGACGGUGCAGCACUUGAUCAAGCAUUGGGAGAGGCGAMGAAGGUGUUUGAACAAUACAGCACACGUCGAAAUGCGAAGAAGAUCUUGGUCGUAAUCACAGAUAAUGAGUCUGGUGCGAGUAAAGAUGAUAUAAGGUUAGCUGCCAAGCCUUUAGCUGAUCAAAUGGGUGCCAUCAUAAUUCCUAUUGGUGUUGGACAAAAAGUAGGGCUGCGCGACUUGGAAAACGUCACACCAUAUAAACGAAACAUCCUUCAAGUACCAACAAAUGAGAAACCAAAGAAAUUAGCUGACAAACUUGUUGAUAAAAUCAAAGCCGCACUUUCUCAAAAACGAGUCCCAGADAUGGACAUUGCUUUUGCAAUCAAUGCAUAUGCAACUGAUGCUGGGGCUAAUUUCAAGUACAUUAAGUCGGUGAUUCAGUCAAUUAUUGACAAAUAUGGUAUGGGUAAAGUGAAGUAUAGCCUUAUYGUGUAUGGUGCUGAACCAAAUAUCAAAGUCAAUUUCAAUGAAGAUUUCGAUASUGACGAUAAUUUGAAAAGUUAUAUAGCAAAUGUCCUCAGAGACUCAGGUAGCCCAUCUCUACAUAAGGCCAUUAACACCGCCAAGAAACUCUUCAAAUCAACAAGCAGACCAGAAGCAAACAAGAUUUUGGUCAUCUUCUCAGAUGUAAGGUCUGGUAGCGAUCCUAAYAACGUUAUUCAAUCUGCAAAGAGUYUACAAGAGAGUGAUGUGCAGGUGAUUGCCRUACCCCUUGGCACAACAGGAAGCCCAGAUGAACUGAAACUUACCACUGCAGACAGAGACGAUGUUCUUCCAGCAAGAAAGACUGAAAAUCCGAAAGAUGUCAGAGAAAAGAUUUUUGACAGGAUAUUUAACAGAAAACCUGUGGUCCCAGAAAUGGACUUAGCAUUUGCAAUCAGUGCUACUGCCUCCAAYGCUGAUAGAACCUUYAAAAGAAUGAARGARAUAUUGCAUUCCAUUGUUGACAAAUAUGGUUCUAGCAAAAUCCGUUACGGCUUUGUGGUMUUUGGYGCCAAUGCUUUCAAUAAAAUAAGCUUCGGUGACAUCUACCCUAGCGAUGAAAAGCUAAAAACCGCUAUAGGUGCCGCAACACGUGCCGUGGGUUCUCCCUCACUUGAUAAGAUGCUAUCAGAAGGAAAACAGCUUUUUACCUCGCACAACAAUCGUCCUAACGCAAGGAAAGUUUUGGUUAUYAUCAUCGAUAAUAAAUCUGGUGAUUCWCCCAGUGUUAUCCAAUCAAAGGCCAAGGAUUUGAUAGACAGAGGUGUCUUGGUUAUCCCAGUUGCUAUCGGUAGCAAUGCUGAUCCAAAGGAACUGGAGAAAACCACAGAUGACAAGGGGAACUUGAUCAAAGAGAAAGACAUCGAUGACCCUGAAGAACUGGGUGAAAAGAUUAUGGAUAAGAUUCUGAAAGACACUCCUGACAGCCCUGAAAUCGAUUUGGUAUUUGCAAUAAGUGCUGUGGCUUCUAGUGCAGAUCAAACKUACAGUAAAAUCAAGGCGGUUGUUAAAGAAGUCAUUGAUACUUUUGGAACAAAGAAGCUUCGUUAUGCUGUUAUAGUCUAUGGAAGAACGCCAUCAGUAGGAGUAACCUUCAAUGAUCAAUACCCAGAUGUUUCAUCACUUAGACGAAUUGUGGACUCACUUCCUAGAAGAUCUGGUGGUCCAGAACUUCAUCAGGCAUUGGUCCAGGUUAGGAAUUUGUUCAGCAAAUCUCGUCCAAAAKCUCACAAGGUUUUAGUUAUAGUSACAGAUAAGAGGUCAAGCUCAAGUGACAUAGACCUCCGGAGGGCUGUUGAUGAUUUGGAAAGAAAAMAUGUAAAGAUCAUUGCCGUGGGUAUUGGCAAGGAGGUUGAUAUGCCAAGGAUUGACAAGCUCUCUCCAAGAAACAAUGACACUAUAAGUGCUGAAGGAGAUGAAGACCCAAAGAAAUUAGGACAAGAGAUAGUGAGAAAGAUUUUAGAAGUUGUUUCGCCCAAAAAAGACCUCGACAUUGUAGUUGCYAUCACCACAGAUGGACCCGUUGCACGAGAAAGCUUUUCUCAAGUCAAAGACAUUGUAAAAGAACUGGUGAAUCUUCAUCCAUCGCGUGACACCAAAUACGGAGUAAUAAUAUUUAGUGACUACCCAUCAGUUAAGAAAUUCUUUGCUGAGGAGUAUCCUAGUGAUGAGGUUUUCAAAAAACUUAUUGAUAAUAUACCGAGGAGCUCUGGGGGAUCUGUUUUGGAGAAGGCACUWAAUGAAGCCAAGGAAGUGUUUGCUAAAGGGGGACGACCUGAAGCGAAAAAAGUACUUGUGCUAUUCACGGAUACGGAGCCAACAGGCAAUGAUGAUGCAGCGUACAAAGCAGCCAUUGAACUAGAGAAGUCWGGAGUUCAKAUAAUAAUUGUAWCAGUACGCUUGGCUAAAGUGCCUGACGGCUACACAGCUGUAGCGCCUGACAAGACGAGCAUCAUUAAGACUGACAGAGGAGAUGACCCUAAAGAUGUUGCUAAAGAAAUCGAUGAACUUACCACGAAAAAUAUCAGAAGAACUCCAUUCAUCGACCUCGUGUUUGCAAUCAGUGCUACAGUAUCAAAUCCAGUACAAAACUUUAAGCUAAUGAAGAACACAAUCCGUUCAAUUAUUGAUCAAUAUGGUAUUAUCAARAUUCACUACAGUAUCAUCGUCUUUGGUGAYAAACCUCAGACAAUGCUGGAUUUUAGUGAUAAAUUAACCAUUUCYGACCUUAAAAGCCAACUCCGAACCAUUCCCAUUAGYAAUGGAGGACCAUCGAUCAGCGAAGCGUUAAAACGAGCAAAAGAACUAUUUGAGAGCAAAAGCGUUCGUGGCAAUGCUCAUCGAAUUGUCGUUCUAAUGAUUGAUAAAAAGUCAGUUGGGGACACKUAUGACAACUUGAAGCUAGAUGCUGCUAGGCAACUGGAGGACAACAAAGUUCUUGUAAUUCCUGUUGCUAUUGGAGAUCAAGCAAAUAAGAAUGAAUUGGAGAAAAUAACUCCUUACAAAGACAAUGUUAUUGAUAGACCCAGGSUCCCAGAUCCUAAAGACCUUGCUAAAGAUAUUAUAGAUAAAGCUGUUGAUGCGCUUGAUAACCCACCAAUUCCCAAUGUGGACAUUGUCUUUGCACUAAGUUCAGCCUCUAGUAAUGCAGCCGAAGUUCUUCGUCACAGCAAAGCCAUCCUUAAAUCAAUCAUUGAUACAUACGGAAUGGAGAAAGUCAAACUAGCUUUGAUUGUAUAUGGUUCGACACCAGAGAUAAGGGCGAAUUUCCGCGAAAGUGCAAACCUUCCAGAUGYGAAUCUUAAGAGAUUCAUUGAUACAGUAAGCAUGAGGAGUGGUGAACCUGACCUUCAAAAGGCUCUUGUCAAAGCGGACUUAGUGUUUAAGACUGCGAUGAGGCCAAACGCAAARAAGAUUCUUGUCAUMAUAAGUGAUAAAAAGUCUGUAAGUACAGCAAAACAGAUYAAAGCUGCCGYAAGGCCAAUGGUAUCCCAGCAAGUAAAAGUCAUAGCCGUAGUGUAUGGUAAAGAUAAAGGGAGCUCAGAUGAUGCGGAAGCCGUUACUGAUACCCAAGAUAGCGUUAUUAAGGCUGACACUAACGAUGAUCCUAAUGCUUUAGCUAAGACGAUCAUUAUGAAAGGAUUGAAGGAACCUCCCUUCCUAAAAGAUGUGGACUUGGCAUUUGCUCUUAGUGCAACAGCUGGCAAUGCUGAUCGCACAUUCAAGCAAAUGCGUGAYGUACUUAUUGCUAUGAUUGAUAAAUAUGGUAUGGGCAGAGUCCAAUAUGGAGUGAUUGUAUUUGGCAAYCUAGCCUCAACUAAAGUAGAAUUUGGGCAGAACUUUGAUGCAGUUGCUAACCUGAAGARUCUUAUUGAUGGUAUCCCMAGGUCUUAUGGAACACCGAAACUGGACGUUGCCAUUGCAGAGGCCGAUAGAUUAUUCUCCAGCGCAGGUGCUCGUCCUUUGGCAUCAAAGGUUCUAGUUAUUCUAAUCGACAAGAAAUCUGUAAGUGAUAUUUCUACAGUGAAAACCAAAGCWAGUGCACUUCAUAAUAAAGGGGUCACUGUCAUUCCUGUCAUUAUUGGCGAUGAYAUCAAACCUGAUGAUGUCAUACCAACUACAGAUGAUACAGACCGUAUCAUUCCUGGAAAACCUACAGAYAAACCAGAUGAAAUGGCCAAAAARCUUGACGAAAAGAUAAAGAAAGCUGUCAAUGAAGUACCGGAAGUCGACCUUGCCUUCGCAUUGAGUGCAACGUCCUCAGAUCCAGAUGUCACGUUUAUAAAAAUGAAGUCAGUUGUAGAGAAAWUGGUGAAACGCUACRAAGUUGGUAACGCUCGUUAUGGCCUCAUAUCAUUCGGUGCAGAGCCAACAACACACAUUACCUUUGAUCAGUCAAUUAAACAAAAGGACUCACUUGCAACGCUUAUAUCCUUGACUCCAAGAUCUUCUGGGGGGCCCGACCUUGACAAGGCAAUCACAGCAAUAGAACAGCUUUUCAACUCCCAAGCUGCACGUGCCAGACCAAAGUCCAAAAAGGUUGCUGUGGUGAUUGUUGAUAAGAAAUCUGUGUCAAAUCUGGAUUUGAUUCGAAGAAAAUCGGCGAGACUAGCCGAGCARGGUGUGUUUGUCAUUCCAGUUGCUGUUGGUGAUGCUACMGAUGAUGAUGAAAUGGAAGGUAUUACUGACAUACCAGAACGUAUCGUAAAAGUGAAGAAGACGGACUCYGAUGAUGGUAUUACGGAUAAAGUGGAUGAACAACUUAAAAAUGCGCURGCAGGUCCACCUCCUCAAAUCGCACUUGAUCUUGUAUUUGCACUUAGUGCAACAGGACUACAGCGUUUCMAAACGUUUAAACAAAUGAAAGAUCUUGUCAAAGCUAUGAUCGACAAGUACAAAAUUGGGAAAGUCAAAUAUGGUCUCAUCAUAUUUGGAGCUUCAGCUGCUACGAAGGCCAGUCUUGACGAACAAUACAAAUUAGAAAGCCUCAAGACUUACGUAGAGUUACAGCCUAGUAUAUCAGGUGGUCCAGCAUAUGAUCAAGCAAUWACUGAAGCGGCAAGUGUCUUCUCUUCUUCUACACGGCCAAACGCCAAGAAAAUCUUUAUCAUUGUGGUAGACAAGAAGACAACAAGUGAUCCUAACGUAGUCAAGGAGAAAGCUAAAGAUUUGGAGGCAAAUGGUGUCAAGGUUAUUGCUGUUGGUGUUGGAAGUGAAGUCAAGAAACCUGACAUUGCAAUCUGCACAGGGGGACCAGAACUUGUGGUUCCAAUUAUUGAUAUCAAGGAGCCAACAGUUCAAACUUUCAAGAAAGUUGAUAAUGUUAUMAAGARAGCAAUUCAGGGGAAGCGACGAAUCCCACCUGUAGAUGUCAUCUUUGCUCUCAGUGCAACUGGAAACAAUCCAGACAAAACAUUUACCUUAAUGAAAAAUUCCAUCAAUCACAUAAUUGACAAAUAUGGUAUUGGUAGUGCAAAGUAUGGUCUUAUUGUUUUUGGUGACACUGCUGUACCAAAAGUCAGUUUUAGCGACGAUUUUACCAGUAGUAACGAUAUGCARCGGCAUAUUGAAACUAUUCCCCGUAGUUCUCUGGGUCCAUCUUAUGAUAAGGCUCUUGAAGAAGCUAAAGUAAUGUUCCAGAGCUCUGAUGCAAGGCCCACUGCCAAGAAGGUGUUAGUUAUAGCCGUUGAUAAAGCAACAACUACUGACAAAGAAGAAGUUAGGUCUAAAGCUAAAGAGCUAAUUGGAAAAGGAGUUCUUAUAAUACCAGUAAUUAUUGGUGAUGCAGUUGUUCCAGGUGAUGUUGAACCUACUACUGACGACCCUGACAUCAUAGUUGUUUGUCCACCUGGUGAGACCGCAAGGGAGAUUGGUAAUAAGAUAGACAAAGCUCUUAUUGAUGUUCUCCAUGAAAUCCCAGGUGUCCAAGAGGUUGACCUUGSCUUUGUWAUUGGUGCAAACUCACCAAACUCUGACACCACCUACCAGCAAAUGAAGAAUAUCAUUCAAUYAAUYAUCGACCAAUAUGGGCGCAARAAGAUAAGAUAUGCMAUUGUUACAUAUGGAGCUACUCCUGAGAUUAAAGUCAGAUUUGACUCUMGGUUUGAWAGUGUUGUAGCAAUGAAGAGUCUUAUUGGCGCUUUACCAAGAUCAAGUGGUGGAUCGAUGGAUAAAGCUGUUGAGACAGCAAGGCAGCUUCUAGAGCUUUCUGAAUGGGAGCGACCACAUGCUCAGAAGGCCUUGGUCAUUAUCACUGACAGCAAAUCAACAAGUSCCUUGGAUAACCUCAAAGCGGUAGGAAAAAUGGCACAAGGUGAUGGUUUUAGAGUCAUUUCUGUUAGUGUUGGAAGAGAUACAGAUKUUAAAGAAUUGAUAGCACUUACCUCUGAUGAAGAUGAUAUUAUGAAUGCUACCACUGGAGACAAACCCGAAGAAACAGCUAAAGCUAUAAUGGACAAAGUAUUUAARGACAAGCCCACUCCAGCAAUUGAUCUCCUCUUUGCAGUCAGUACAACUGCUUCAGGCUCCCCACAAACUCUCAGUACUAUCAAAACUGCCAUACAAACAAUAAUAGAUGACAAAGGUCUGAGCAAACUAAGAUAUGCAAUGUUCUUAUUUGCACGGCAAACKUCCAAAAUAGUUGACUUUGAUCAACCACUUUCCAGUGUCAAUGUCUUGAAAAAAGCCAUAGAUCGUGCUGUACAUCCAUUGGGACUCCCAGAUUUGACAAAAGCACUUCAAGAAUCCAAAAGAAUUUUCGAUAAUUCUGGAAGACCUGAAGCUAGAAAGAUUUUGGUUAUAAUAAGAGACAGGAAAUCCAAUAGUGACCCCAUAGAASUGAAGCUAGCUGCAGAUGAGCUGUAUAACGAUGGAAUUGAAGUUAUUCCAGUGUUCCUUGGAAGAGAGGACAAUAGUGCUGAAUAUGAGAAAAUGACACCAGACAAGAAGAGAAUGCUCUUGGGAGAACCUGAUAUCUAUCCUAAUCCACUUGCCAAAGCUAUUGUGAGAAAAGCAUUGAUAGAACCAAGGGUUAUUCCAAAAAUGGAUCUCAUUCUUGCUAUAAGUGCAACAGCAACAAGGGCAGACUCAAACUUUAGACAAUUCAAAGARAUUUUAAAGUCAUUAAUCGAUCGCUAUGGAUCGUUUAACAUCCGCUAUGGCGUCAUUGUAUUUGGAAAUAUACCAUCAGUAGACAUGUCUUUGAGUGAAGCAUUUAAUCAAGAUAAACUUCGCAAGGAUUAUUUGGAUGCAAAUSUUAUAAGGUCUUCUGGAGCUGAUCUUGGUGAAGCACUCAAACAAGCUGGGGUAAUGUUUGACAGAUCUGCACUAGAMAGACCUGGAGCAAAGAAAGUUCUGGUUGUUAUCAUGGACAAGAAGUCAUCCAGUAGUUCCCUUGAAGUCAUGAGACAAGCCAUGAAGCUCCAAGACUCCUCAGUAACCAUCAUCCCAAUUGCAUUUGGCUCAGAAGCAAAUAAGCAAGAACUCGCUUCAAUUACRCCUAAUAAGGACAAUAUGAUAACAUCACCAGACGAUGAAUAUGAUACUAUUACUGGUGGSAAAAUCAUGUUGAAGGUUGCAGAUGAAACACCACUAACUCAAAUGGACAUUGGCUUUAUUGUGAGCCUAUCAUCUUUGAGAGCCUCAAUAAAUCUUGACAAAGUGAAAGAAAUCGUGCAAGAGAUUGUGAAWGUUCAUGGGACASACCACGUGAACUAUACUGUCAUCAAWCUUGUGGAUUCAACUGUUGUAAAAGAUGCAGCAAAAGAAGUUGAAAAUUUCAARCAAAAUCUCCCAAAUGCUGUCAGUGUMAUUGUCUCUAGAUCUGAUGGAAUGCAACUUGUGGAUGCCAUUGAUGACGCAAAGAAAGUGUACGAAAAGRUCAUUUCCAGGCGUCCUGAAUCAAGGRAAAUCUUGGUCAUCAUYACCGAUAGCAAUCCUACAAAUGAUCCCAGUGAUGUCAUCAUAGCCACUGAGCCCCUGAGGGAUUCUGGCAUCAAGAUUAUAACAGUAGGCAUUGGAAUGCAAGUUGAUCCUGUUGARCUACAAAUGAUAACACCAAAUAAGGAYAAUGCUCUAGAUCCUASSRAUAAAGACACAYCYAAACAAAUUGCAAGGGAUAUCAUGMAAAAGGCWUUCAAUGAUACUGUCCCCAUUCCCAAAGUGGACCUUGUAUUCGCAGUAAGCACCACUUCCUCCAAUGCUCAAGAUACAUUCAACAAGAUCAAACAAGCCUUCAAUGAUAUAGUCAUUAAACAUGGAACCAAAUCACUACAAUACGGCUUUAUAGUAUUUGGCAAGGAUGCAGUAGCUCGUCUUUCUCUUGGUGAACGUUUUAAUGAUAUAGAAAGCCUCAAGAGGCUAGUUGGAGUMUUUGCCAGACCAAGUGGAACACCUAAUAUAAAGAAAGCUUUGGACCUUGCCAAGAAGAUGUUUGCUGGCUCUAAUGGACGACCAGAUGCACAUAAAGUACUAGUGUUAAUAACAGAUAAAGAUUCAAGCAACUCGCCUUCAGAGCUGAAAAAUGCUGCAACAUUACUAGACAAAGAUGGYAUUCGUACCAUURGUAUUGCUGUUGGUCCUGAAGCAAAGCCUGGUGAACUGGAGAAGAUAACACMAACCAAGAAAGACYUAAUAAAGCUCGAUCCUGUGAGCACUACACCCGAUAGAAUAGCUGAAUUAAUCGUCCAUAMACUUAGUGAAGAUUACCGACGAAUUCCACAACUUGAUCUGGCCUUUGCACUAGACAACAAUGCUCUAAGGAGCUUAAGCGACUUUAACAAGAUUAAAGACAUCGUUAGUUCUGUGGUUGCAAGAUACGGUUCUUUCAAUAUCAGCUACAGUGUUGUGUUAUUUGGGGACAAAGUGAAAGAGCAUGUUAGGUUUACCAACUCUUUCCCUGAUGACAAAUCUCUUCAGGAGUUUAUUAAGAAUGCGCCRCAAACUGUGGGUUCCAARCUAGACAAUGCGCUUGACAAAGUGAAAUCUCUGCUCCUGUCUUCWCCCAGACCACAAGCUAAAAAGGUGGCUAUCAUAAUUAUGAGUGGUCAAUCUACAAGUGACAUGGAGAAGCUUAAGAAAAGCUCUUUAGAUUUAGAAAUAGCAAAGAUCAAGGUCAUUCCCAUAGCUAUUGGUGACGCUGUGAAUAAGGAAGAAUUGAUUGUGUUAACUCCAUAUAAGGGCAAUCUUAUAGAACCUGACAAUAAAGACGCCUCAAAUAAAACAGCUGAGAAGAUUAUGAACAAGGCCAUUGAAGAACUUAAGCCUAUCCAAGAAAUCAACCUUAUMUUCGCACUAAGUGCAACUGGUACCAAUGCUCAACAGAACUUCAAAAAGAUGAAAGAGAUCAUAAAACGUGUGAUUCGUGAAUAUGGAAAAAGGCGAAUCCAUUACAGCAUAGUAACAUAUGGCAAUCCRYCUCAAACCAAGCUAAGAUUUGUAAAUAGUAUUACUAAAGACCAAACGCUUGAGAGAUUUGUUGACACGGUUACGAUGAAUGGGCGUGGUGCAGACCUUUCUGCAGCUCUUCGCUCUGCACAGAAAUUAUUUGAUGAAGCUGAGACAAUACGGUCUGGUGCUAAGAAGGUGUUAGUUGUUAUAACAGAUAAACGAUCAGACUCCAGCAGACCAGCUGUCAUGUCAGCUGUAACACCACUGAAAGACGACAAAGYUCACAUCAUUACUGUUCUUCUUGGAAAUGAGGCUGAUUCCAAUGAGGGAAAUGAUGUGGCAACCUCGAGAAAUGAUGUCAUAACAGCCAAAGAUCGAGACAGUCCUCGGCGGAUUACUAAUUCUAUCAUGAGCAAUGCUUUAUCUGAYAUUCCAGUCAUACCUGAGAUCGAUCUAGCCUUUGCUGUUAGCACUGCAGCAUCAAAUGCAGACAMAACCUUCAAACGAAUGAAAGACACCAUAAAUACCAUUAUCAACAAAUAUGGCACUGAUAAAAUCCGCUAUGCUCUGGUAGUUUUUGGUACAAGACCUACAACUGUAAUAAGUUUCAGGGAAAAAUUCACGACUGACAGAGAACUAACUAACCUUUUAAGUCUUGCCAGAAAGGAGAGGGGAGAACCCGUUCUGUGGAAGGCACUCGAUUUAGUUAAGCAAUUAUUUAGGUCUGCAUCAUCAAGACCUGCUGCYAAGAAGGUUGUUGUUGUGAUUGUUGACAAGGACCCUCUAGACASUGCCAAAGAAGGRAUGGAUAGUGUCAAACGCUUAGAGAAAGAUAAAAUCAAGUUGGUUCCUGUGGCGAUUGGUAAUGAAGUGGACCCUAAGGAGGUGACCAAGAGGGCCAAUAAUAAACAAUACCUUAUCAAAGAGAAAGAGGAAGGGAAACCUGAUCAGUUGGCAACUAAGAUUAUGGACAAAGUACUACGAGACCUUCCCAAGAUYCCAGACCUUGAUAUUGUUUUUGCACUGAGCGCUACAGCUUCAGAUGGAGAUUCCACUUUCCGUCAAAUGAAAGACACCAUCAAGUCAAUAAUUGAUCAGUACAGCACAGGAUCCAUUCGGUAUGGCAUAAUUGUAUUUGGUAGAGAUCCCUCAGUGGAGUUACAAUUCACUCACAAAUUCCCAAGCGACGACGACCUGAAGAGAUUUUUCGACGGAAUCACAAGGAAAACAGAUGGUUCAACAAUUGACAGGACUAUGUCUGCCGCUGGAAAUCUCUUCAAACAGCAUGCUCGAUCAGAAGCCAAAAAAGUKCUUGUAAUAAUAACAGAUAUGAAAUCAGACAGCAUUCUAAAUUCGAUAAAGACUGAAAACAAAGCGCUUGCAUCUAAGGCUGUUCUUGUCAUUCCUGUUGCCUUUGGAAGCAAAGCCAGUCCCACACAAUUAGAAGUCACUACUCCAAAUAAGGGGAACCUGAUUAAAACUGAUAAAGAUGUGCCUCCAAAGACACUGGCGAAGGACAUUAUGGACAAGAUUUUAAAAGAAAAAGAAGAGGACGUGCUGACAGAUAUGGUGUUUAUUAUCAGCAGUGCUGGCCCUGACUCUGCUGUGACYUUUAUAAAACUGAAAGAAGUGAUAAAGAAUAUCGUAGACAAAUAUGGUAUUGGCAAUACUAGAUAUGCCUUGAUUACCUACGGUGAUGUUCCUUUUGUCCACUUUAAAUUUAAAGACUCUGUUGCCAGCGACGGCGACGGCGACGGCGACGUCAACCCCCUAAAGAUUGCAAUAGACAGGGUUACAAUACCUUUUGGAGGUGCUGAUCUUGCAAAAGCUCUCGACAAAGGGCGAGAAAUGUUUGAUCCGUCAGAAGGAGCACGACCAAAGGCCAGGAAGAUUCUUGUUCUUAUAACUGACCGUGAAUCAGACAGCAGUAUCAAMGACGUCAAACAAAAGUCUAAAGAGCUUGAAAGGGAGUACAUUCGAGUSAUACCUGUUUCUCUUGGAGGACAUGACAACGAUAAAGAAUUGAAUGUAACCACACCUGUUAAAACGGAUGUUAUUCCUGGAAACAAGACAGACUCCGCAAUUAAGAUCAGUAGAGAAAUUAUCAAGAAAACCGAUAAAGACCCGGUAGCUGUACUUGACCUAGCGUUUGCUUUGAGUUUUGUAACCACUUCCGAUUCUGACUCAACAUUCAACCAAAUAAAAGAAGCCAUUGGUUCUAUAAUUGAYAAGUAUGGAAAAGAAACAGUUCGAUAUGCUGUAAUUGACUUUGGAACAAAGGCUCGCAUUCUCUUAAACUUUGGAGAACACUCUGAUGAUCUGGACUCCCUUAAGGAGUAUAUAAAGACUCUACGGCAACCUCAAGGAGAUCCUGACCUAAGUGGUGCUCUAGUGCAAGCUGAUAGGGUGUUUGAYAAAGCUAGACCAAAUGCAAAGAAGGUCCUUGUUGUCGUUUUGAAUAAAAAGUCUGUUAGCAGUAUUGAUGGAAUAAGGACUGCAGCGCAUACUCUACAGCAGGAUAUGGUUAAGGUAGUGCCAGUUGUAAUGGGCAAAGAUGCUGACCCGAGAGAGGUAGAAGAGCCAACUACAAAUAAAGGUUACAUAGUGAAUGGUACAGCAGCUGAAACUCCWGGCGAACUUUCCAAAGAAAUACUGAAAAAAAUUAACGUUGAUCUUCCWAUCAUCCCGAGACUCGACCUUGUCUUUGCUCUCAGUGCAAAUUCUUUUGAUGCUGACCGAAACUUCCAGAGAUACCAAGAGAUCAUUAAGUCAAUUAUAGACGAAUAUGGCACCUCCAAAGUACGUCAUGCAGUGGUUAUAUUYGGUGAUCGACCAUUAGUGAAGCUGCGCUUUUCAAAGAAUUACGUAACAGCCAGUACACUGAAGAAUCUUCUUGAKGGAUUUCCUCGGUCGCGUGGCGCUCGGUUAGAUCUUGCUCUAAAGGAAGGGAGAAAGCUCUUUGACGACAAUCCAGAUCCAAAAGCAAAGAAAGUUUUGGUUGUUKUCAUGGAUAAGCAAUCAGACUCUAUUAUUACUGAUGUGGAGUCGGCUGCACGAUCCGUUGAAAAAACUGGCAUUCGUGUCAUUCCGGUAGUUUUUGGCCGACAAGCUGACAAGAAUGAGCUUACAAAAACCACAUCUCAUAAACCAAAUGUUGUUGAAGCGGACAAGGAUGAUCACCCUAAAGAUGUAGGAAGGGAAAUCAUAGAAAAGGCUAUAGCUGAGAGGACUAAAAUGCCAGAUAUAGACAUGGCAUUUGCAAUCAGUGCUAUAGCAGUUAGAUCAAGCUCAAACUUCCGCAAGAUGAAGAGAGUCAUUAACGCUCUUAUCGAUGAAUAUGGCUCUAAUCGCAUCCAUUACGGCAUCUUAACCUUUGGGGAUACUUCCAAGAGGAUAAUGAAAUUUAGUAAGACAUUCCCUGGUGAUGAGGAUCUAAAGAGGUUCAUAUCUGGGAUCCAACAGAAUAACUUUGGGUCAGCUUUAGAUAAAGUUCUAGAGGAUGCACGUGAUUUAUUUGACCCCUUAUAUGGCGCCCGUCCAUACGCCAAAAAGGUUCUUGUUAUCAUCAACGAUUAUCCCUCAGCCAGCAAGGAAGCUAAMAUCAUGGACAUGACAGARCUGUUGCAAGAAGAUGGCAUACGAAUCAUUGCUGUCCCACUUGGAAUUCAGGCAGAUUCAAAACAACUGGAAAAGAUAACAUYAACAAAGAAAGAUGUUUUACCUUCRAGAGAAACAGACAAUCCCAAAAAGAUUGCAGAUAAAAUCAUGCAAAGAGCACUUGCUGAAUCCAUCCCAGAAAUUGACCUUGCAUUUGCUAUCAGCACCACCGCAGCUAAUGCAGACGCCACCUUUGCUCGCAUCCGCGAGACAGUCAAGAAAGUGAUUGAUAUGUAUGGCACCAACAAAAUUCGAUAUGCUCUCCUMGUAUUUGGCUCAUCCACAUCAAGCAAGAUUCUUUUUACUGAAACCUAUCCGGACAAGGAUCUCAUKAGAUAUCUUGAUAAUGUCAGACGCACCACUGGUGACCCUGAUAUAGGAAAAGCACUGAAUAAAGCAAAGAAACUAUUUGAGGAUGCRCCUCCUCGUCCUAAUGCAAAGAAAGUCUUGGUUGUGAUUGUUGAUAAUAAGUCUAUUAAUGGACUGGAAGAAUUGAAGAUUGUUUCACGUCCUUUGCAUGACCAGGGCAUAAAGGUAAUUCCAGUUGUUGUUGGAAAAGAUGCUGAUCCAGAUGAGAUGAUGAGCCUAACACCAAACAAAGGAAACACACUGAAAACUAACAGAACUGAAAAACCAACAGAUCUGGCAAACAGAAUCAUGAACAAAGCUAUAUAUGACAAGAGAACUUUGCCAGAAAUAGAUAUGAGUUUCAUAAUCAGCGCAACUGCAGCUGCUGCACCUGAGAACUUUCAGCAAAUGAAAGACAUUAUCACCCGCAUGGUCCUGAAAUAUGGCACAAAGACUAUACGUUACAGUAUGAUUGUGUUUGGCGAGACUCCUGUCAUUCAAAACAGGUUCACGACUACUCGGCCCACCGAUAGAGAUUUGCGUAUUGCCUUAGGACUAGUCCCCAGACCACAAGGUGGAGCAUUGGAUAAAGCAUUAAAAGUAGCAAAGGAUCUCUACGAUAAUGAAGGAAGGCCAAAUGCUAAGAGAAUUCUAGUUGUCAUGAUGGACAAAAAGUCAACAAGCAAACCAAGUGAUCUCUCAGUCAAAGUGAAGUCUUUAGARGAAGCAGAGAUCGUAGUUAUUCCUGUAGCURUAGGAACAGAGGCUGAUAAGGAUGAGAUGUCAAAAUUGACACCUUGGAAAGAAAAUAUCAUUGAUGCUAAUAAAACAAUUAGUCCUUCUGUGGUUGUAGAAAAGAUUUUGGAUAAUGGUCUCAAAGACCAAGUUAAGAUUCCCGAGAUUGACAUUGCUUUUGCCCUYGGUGCUGCCUCCUUACGCUCCAGUUCCAACUUCMAGGAAAUGAAGGAUGUCAUCAUGUCUAUAGUCAACAAGUAUGGCUCUUACAAACUUAACUAUGCUGUACUGACCAUAAGCGAUAGUCCCUCUGUGCGUAUAAGAUUUGACACCAGAUUCCCAAKUGAUGAAGACCUCARUAGAGCGAUCCAGCAGAUUCCACUGGAUCGUGGSCAACUAAAUCUUGACAAAGCWCUWGAAAAARCSCAAGCUCUUUUCARYUCUGGUAGACCAAAGWCCAGGAAGGUCCUUGUUGUGGUGAUAGACAAGUCUUCAGACAGUUUGUCCAGCAACCUGAAGGAAGCUGCUAAGGUUCUGGAAGGAGAUGGCAUCCGGGUUAUUCCUGUUGCCUAUGGUAACAAUGGUGACAUCAAUGAAGUCAGUACUCUUACACCAAUAAAAGAUGAUGUUUUGUCAACCAGAGAUGGACAGGAACCAACAGCUCUUGCCAAGAAGAUAAUGGACCGAAUACUCAACGAAACUGCAGCAAUUCCUGCCAUUGACCUUGGMUUUGCCAUCAGUGCUGAUGCAAUUGAUGCUGAUAAAACCUUUGAACUAAUGAGAGAUGCUGUUGGCUACAUUGUAAACAAAUAUGGUACUAAUCGUCUGCGCUAUGCUGUCAUCAUAUUUGGUUCAUCCACUACUACWCACAUUGACUUUGGUCAAUAUUUCCCCAACUCAGACAGCUUAAAAGAGAAACUUUCAGGUUUAAUUCGCUCUCUUGGAACACCUGACUUAGAAAGAGCACUUGCCGAGGCAAAGACUGUCUUCCAGCUUGCUCCAUCAAGACCAAACUCUAAGAAGGUGUUGGUUAUUAUCAUAGACAAGAAAUCAUCAAACUCCCCUGAUGGAGUUAAGGACAAGGCCAAGCCCUUAGAGAAAAGUGGUAUUAGAGUGAUUCCUGUAGCUGUAGGAACCGAUGCAAAUCAAGACGAGCUYGAGAAAACUACUUCAAAUAAACAGAAUCUCAUAGAAGUCCCCAAAGAUGAAAAACCAGACAAUCUUGGUCAAAAGAUUAUGGACAGGAUACUUAAACAAAUCCCAGCCAUACCAGAAAUGGACAUCAGCUUUGUGAUUAGUGCCACAUCCAUUGAUGCCAAUUCAAACUUUAAAACCAUGAAGGAAAUUGUCCAAGAAGCUGCUGAUCAGUAUGGUACGGAUCGGCUACGAUACAAUGUCAUAGUAUUUGGUAACACACCCAAUGUUCAGCUACAAUUUACAUCGAAAUUCCCAACUGAUGAAGCGUUCAAGAUGUUUGUAGCAAACAUCCCACGUUCCAGUAGUGGUAGGGCUUUGGAUAAGUCUCUGGAAAAGGCAAAAAUGGUGCUCGAGAAAGAUGGUAGACCAAAUGCAAAGAAGGUUAUAGUAGUUAUAAUGGACAAAAAAUAUUCCAGUGACCAAAAAGUGCUCAAGAAUCUUGGUGAAAUGCUGGACAAAGAGGGAAUUCUAGUUAUACCAGUCUCCUUUGGAMGUCAGUCCGAUCCCACAGAUCUGGAAAUCAUAACUACUGGUCCUGAUAAUGUUAUWCCUGCAAAGAAGGGCGAGAAACCAGAGGUUAUCUUGGACAAGAUUCUGAAGAAAAUUGCAAACCAGAAACCUAGAGUUCCUGAAAUUGAUCUUGGUUUUGUUAUCAAUGCCAGAGCCUCGGAUUCAGCCAAGAAUUUCGAAAUAAUGAAAGAUACCAUCAGGGAAAUUAGCAAAAAGUACGGCACGGAUAAAAUCCGAUAUGCACUAAUUGUGUUUGGUCUCAAAGCAAGUGUAAGGAUACCAUUCAGAACAGCGUCUGUUUCACCAGAAGAUGUCAGUAGMUAUCUUGAUACAGUUCGUAAGAAUGAUAGAGGAGCGGAACUCCAUUUGGCAUUGGAAGAAGCCAAGAAAAUGUUCAUUAAUGCAAGACCCACAGCUAAGAAAGUCCUGGUUGUGAUAGCAGAUUUUGUCUCGGAUAGCUUUCCUGAAGWCAUAACGGCAAAUGCACAAGUAUUGGUGGAUGAUUCAAUAACGGUCAUUCCAGUGGCUUUGGGUUUAGAGUCAGAUGAUGAAWUACUACUUUCAACCACUAACAAGCAAAACUUCAUCGAUGCUAAAAACAUCAAAAAACCCAAAGAACUUGGCGAUAGAAUUAUGGAAGUUGUGAUCAAAGACUACCCUCCCAUCCCCAAGACAGACCUUGCCUUUGUUCUUAGUGCUACUGCCACCAAAUCAGAUGAGAAUUUCAAGAAAAURAAGGACGUCAUCAAUAGUAUCAUUGCCAAAUAUGGUAGUUUAAGAUUCAAGUAUAGUGUUGUAGUCCAUGGGAGGACACCGAAGGUUGAGCUUCAUYUCUAUCAGUCUUUCGAAGAUAAACGUCUGCAAAACUUCAUUGAAAAAAUUAAAAAACUAGAUGGAUCCAACCUGGAUGCUGCYUUAGCAGAAACAAAGAAGAUUUUUGUWCAAGAAUCAGGUAAAGAUGUUAGACAAGUUGCAGUUGUCAUCGCUGAUAAAAAAUCUGGUAGGAAUGAAAACGAUAUCAAGAUGGCUGCUGAGGGAUUGCAAGAUGUUGGUGUCCAGGUCAUCCCCGUUGUAUUUGGAAGUGAAGCUAAUCCAAGAGAGAUGGGAAUGUUGACUAGUAAUAAGAAKAAUUUGGUGGAAACAAAAGAUGAUGAGAAUCCAGAGAAGACUGCUGACAAGAUUAUUGASAAGCUCCUUGAAAACAACCCAAACAUCCCGCUGCUUGAUGUGGCCUUUGCCAUCAGUGCAACKUCAGUUGACUCCACUACCAGUUAUAAACAAAUGAAAGACAUUGUAGAGAACAUUGUGGACUCACUUGGAUACGGCAGAGUACUAUACAGCUAUAUGUCAUAUGGCACUCGACCAAUGGUACAUUUUAAAUUCAAUUACAGAUUUUCAGAUGUUAAUCAACUCGAGAGACUUAUCCAGGUUGCACCGCAGACAUCUGGUCAAUCCAACCUGCCUGAUGCUCUAAAGAAAGUUCCAGAUCUAUUCACCGCAAGUUCAGGAGCAAGGCCUGAAGCUGGUUCAGUAUUAGUUCUCAUAACAGAUAAGGAUGCAGAUGGCACUGAAGCGCAGAUACGAACAGCUGUUGGACCUCUUGAAAGACAAGGWAUAAGAGUCAUUACAGUCGCAUUGGGYAAAGAUGUUGAUCCUUUAAAGCUUGAGAAGAUAGCAGCCAAUAAGAAAGAUGUUGUAAAGCCAAAGCCUUCAGAGAAGCCCUCGGAGAUUUCAAAAACAAUCCAAGAAAGACUGCAUGAUGAAUCGAAGGUUAUACCGCGCGUUGACAUAGCCUUUGCAAUAAGUACAACRAAAUAUGRUGCCCAAAAAACCUUUAACAAGAUAMUAGCAACAGUCAAGUACAUCAUAGAUACAUAUGGACUUGCAAAAAUACGCUACGGACUCCUCUUCUUCGGCUCCGAAGCUAAAAGUAUGGUUAACUUUGGAGCAUUUACGGACAUUGACUCGUUGAAGUCUCAAUUAGACCAGUUUGAUUUGAGUGGAUUCCAAAUAAAGAGUGGAAAACCAAACAUAACAGAAGCACUGAUCCUUGCAAAGCAGAUGUUUGAUCGCGGUGCAGCAGCUCGUGGAGAWUCGAAAAAGUUYCUUGUCAUAAUUAUGGAUGAAAGAUCAUUGAACACACCAGAAGAGCUUAGCAAGGCUGUGAUGCCUCUAGARGAAAAUAAURUCAAGAUAAUUUCAGUCAYAGUUCCUCCAGCUGCUCAUGAAAAGGAAUUGCAGCAGAUAGCUUCAAACAAGAACAAUGUCAUUKSACGGACSGAUAUACAYACKCCAGAGACUCUUGGAGAAAUGGUGAUUAAAAAAGUCAUCAAAGACAAUCCUAUAACUCCAGAAAUAGACCUCAUCUUUGCCAUCAGUGCAACKUCUGCUCAGUCAACCAAAAACUACCAGCAGAUGAAGGACAUYAUCAAGAAAGUGAUUGACAAGUACGGAAUGAUGCGGGUAUCAUACGGGUUGAUCACGUUUGGUUCCGUUCCUGAGACSAAGAUACGUUUGGCAGAGUCUUUCAAUAGCGAGGAGGACUUAAAGAAAUUCGUAGAUGCUUCGGGUAAACCUAGUGGGGCUGCMUUGGAUAAGGUUUUGGUUGAGGCUAAGAAUGCUUUCGAUGGAAGUACAAGACCUCARGCCAASAAGAUACUCGUCAUUAUCAUUGAUAAAACCUCAGACAGCACAGAACAGCAGUUAAAAGCAAAMGUUGCCCCACUGGAGCGUGCAGGAAUACAUGUUAUCCCCGUUGCWCUGGGARCAGAUGCCAAUGCUCGAGAGCUGUUGUUGAUUACACCAUAUAACGACAAUCUGAUUCCAGUCAGACCUACUGACAAGCCUGGGGAGUCUGCCGAGAAAAUUAUGAACAAAGUGUUGACAGCUAAGCCAAUUGUUCCUGAGUUGGACAUGGUUUUUACUAUUGGUGCUGCAGCAUUAGCAUCUGACAGCAACUUCAGGACAGCCAAAGACACUAUCAAGAAAAUUAUUGGUAAAUUUGGCGUAGACAGGAUUCACUACAGUUUGGUAACAUUUGGAAAUCCACCWGUGGUUCAYUCACGAUUYAGAGAAGGAUAUCAAAGAGARCGAYUGGAACAGCUCAUCGAGGCUUUACCAAAACCAACUGGAGGUGCAAAUCUACAGUUGGCUCUUGAAAAAUCUGCCGAGCUUUUCACUGAAGCUGAGGGUGUCCGUCCCAAGUCAACUAAGGUCUUGGUUCUCAUUGUCGAUAAAGAAUCUGACAGUACACUGGAUGAGGUUAAGGAGGCUGUAAACCCAAUAAUAGAAAAGGGAAUUCGCAUUGUCGUGGUAGCCCUUGGAGAUGAGAUUGACCGCRCGGAAUUGAAGGUUUUGACUCCAAACGUUGAUGAUCUGAUUGAACCAAAAACUGUGGAUGGGCUGCCUGAUAAAAUAAUAGAACGAGCUGUGAAUGAUUCCAUUGUGGUACCAAAGAUUGAUGUAGGAUUUCUAGUGAGCGCUUCAGCAUCUGGUUCAGAUUCAACAUUUCAAUUAAUGAAGGAUACGAUGUUGAAUAUCAUCACCAAAUAUAAAGGAGCUCAAAUCAGAUAUCUUAUCAUAACCUAUGACGAUGAAUCAACUGUACAACUUAAUUUCAAUAACCAGUUAUCCACAAGAAGCGACUUCAAACUUUUAAUUGAUCGUAUAUUACAGCCAGUAGGUCAGCCUGCACAUGAAGUGGCUCUCAACUCAGCCAUAAACCUCUUCAAGCGCUCUGCACGUCCAGAUGCAAAGAAAGUAGUUGUUCUUUUAACUGACAUGUUUCCAGGAAAAGUACCUGAAGUUGUGAAAAAUGCUGCACGUGGACUUGAACUUGAUGGUGUUAAGGUUGUACCAGUUKCUGUAGGAACRCUUGCUAGUGAGAUAGGGAUGAAGAUGAUCUCUCCUUAUAAAGAUGUAGUUGUGAAGGCAAAUAAGAAUAGUGAACCAAAGGAACUUUCUGACAGAAUCAUGAAAAUAGUCAUUAAAGAUCAGCCAAAGGUACCUAGGACAGACCUGGUAUUCUUAAUUAGUGUGCAACAAGGGACUCCAACUUCCAUCUCAACCUUCCGAAUAAUACGUGAAGUAAUGACAUUCAUUAUCGCCAAAUAUGGAAUGAAUGAAAUAAAUUAUGGUAUUGUUGUAUAUGGUGCUACUGGGUCAUCAUUCCUACAGCUACGUGACCGCGUUCCUAACGAAUUUACCCUAAGGAAAAUCAUUCUAUCAGUUGCCCCUGUUUCUGGGCAGCCAAUGCUAAGCAAAGGUCUUGCAGAGGCAAAAAGGCUCUUUGACGGAUCUUCACGAAAAGAUGUACGAAGUAUACUCGUCGUCAUCACAGACGCAAAKACUGGUACUGAUAAGAAAGCYAUUCAACAGCAGAUGAGUUUGCUGACUGGKMAAGGGAUCAUUGUUAUACCUGUUGCUAUUGGCWAUGAUGCAUUCAGAGAUCUCAACCAAGAUGUUACUGGUGARGAUGUAAUUGUAAUCGACAGAGAAGAUCGUGCAAAGAAGAUUGCAAACGUCAUCAUGAAGAAUGUAACUAGUGAUGUUCACCGUAUUUCCAAGGUCGACGUGGUAUUUGCUUUAAGCUCAACCAGCAGAGAUUCCUUGAAUACUUAUACCGCAAUGAACCAAGCCAUCCAGUCAAUAAUCAUGGAAUAUGGCAUCAAAAAGCUACGAUAUAGUCUUAUUACUUUCGACARUCUSCAAGACUUACGKCUUAAAUUCAGUACAAAGUUUGGAUCGAAGUUUAACACUGCAAACUUUGUCAAUAACCUACGRUACACCMAACCAACUGGRGAUCCWAAUCUCCAUGAAGCACUAUCAAAAGCAAAACARCAGUUUAAUAUCUUAAAGGGACAUCGUGUUGAUGCACAAAAAGUCGUGGUAGUCUUGAUUGAUAAGUUCUCAGUGAGCUCCAAAGAAGACYURCAACGUGUGGUUGAUGAGUAUAAACGUGAUAAGAUCAAAAUCGUUCCAGUUUUGAUUGGAGAUGAAGUCAGUACAUCUGAUGUUGUAUCAAUUGCUUCUGAUAAAGACAAAAAGAAUAUUGUUGUAACUGCAACCCAAGAAAGAACGGAGCGACUUGGCAAGAUGAUAAUGGAUUUAGUCUACAAAGUUCUCCAGGAUCCAUGUCUCAAGAAGGUUUGCCAGUUUUUCUCUCAGUGUGUUAAGACAGCUGACAAUGCAGUGACAUGCGAAUGUCCCUCGGGAUGUAAAAAUGACUAUAAGCCUGUUUGUGGGUCAGAUAAAAGGACAUAUACCAACAACUGCACACGUAUGGUAGCCGCUUGCACUUCAAAGACAGACAUUGGUGUAUUAAAGAAUGGAGCAUGUGCAGCCUGUACCCAUCCCCUCUCCCUGGUUUUUGUGAUUGGACGAGGUAAUUUCCAGGAAAAGAAACUAUUCAUGAAAGCAGUUGUAGAAGAGUUCAAUGUUGGAAAAGAUAGUCUUCAGUUGGCCAUCAUUUCCUAUGAUAACAUGAACUAUGUCGACAUGGCCUUUGACGAAAAGCUCAKUAAAAAACAAGUAAGUGAUGCUAUUGAUGGAKUGCAAGAGAAGUUCCUGAUUGGCGAGAAAUACAGCAAAGCUUUACUGAAGGCUGGUGAACUACUUGAUGGGGUCAAAAGAGACGCUGUUAAGGCUAUUGUUUUCAUAACUGACAAGGAAGACCCAUCAACGUCAGAUGUUGCACUUGCUGGAAAAACGCUGAAAGACAAGAAAAUUAAAGUGUUUUCUGUUGGUGUUGGUUCUCAAGUCAGUUCACCUCAGCUGAAGAAAGCUGUCUCUCAGGUUGAUUACCACAAUGGUGUGCCAUCUUUCUCAGASCUGGUACCYUUUGCACCUWCUAUGGCCAGACAGCUGUGUACGGAAUCAGAAUGUAAGGAAAUGGAAUAAGAAGUGUUGAAAGGGAACAUGAAGGGAGUAAAGUGAGGGGAGAAACGGGAUAAAGAAAGAAGGAAACAAAAGUAAUAAGGAAGAAUGGCAGAAAUAAAAAAUAUGAAAUUAAAUUUGAAUGAAUGAGAAUGAUU